AGGAGGAGGAGGGGUUUGAGACGAUUGACGGCAGAAGCCUUUGCAGCAAAGCACCAGGGAGGGUGCGUGCGUGUGUGUGUGUGUCUGUCUGUGUUUGUCAGGGUGUGCGCGUGGUGCUGCGGAAUCAAAAGCUUGAACGUUGACGUUAAACUGCCACAGUUCGUGAGUUUGUGAAUGAAAAGGUCGACAGUCCGCAAUGUCAGGAAGAAAUUCUCAACUUGGCUGAAUGAGAUGGAUAGAGCGACCUGAAUGGUGCACUCCUACCCGGCUGGACCACUUCACUAAAAAAAAACAAAAAAAAAAACGUGGCUUUCAAUAUUUUCUUGAUUGAAACAGCUCGGAUCUUCAGUUGAGAUAAAUCUCAACCUUAGUGACGAUGGAAAGUGGAGUUUUUCUGCCCUGUCUGGAUCAGUUCAUGCUGAGCCCACUUGUCACUUGGGUAAAGACAUUUGUGCCAAGUGAUGGGAGAACGCACUUGGACUUUUCAGAACUGGUGGAUGGAGUCUUACUGAACGACAUAAUGACUCAAAUAAACCCCUCAGCUGCACCUCAGGGUGCACACAAAGUCUGCAGGGAUCCAAGUCAAAGCAUCCAGAACCUGAACUUUCUUGUUCAACAAAUCAGGACAUAUUAUCUGGACAAUCUGAGACAAUUAAUCAUGAUUCCUUUGCCAGACGUGCUGCUUCUUGGCGGAACUCCUUACAGUGAGCAAAGUCUGGACGAAAUGAAGAAACUUUUGCUGUUACUGUUGGGAUGUGCAGUUCAGUGUGAGAAAAAGGAGGAGUACAUUGAAAGGAUCCAGACCCUUGAUUUUGACACAAAGGCUGCGAUAGCAGCACAUAUUCAAGAGCUGACCCACAGUCAGGACAAUGUGCUGGAUCUGCAGUGGCUGGAGUCCAGUGAUAUGCACCCAGAGGAGAUGGAGGCAGCAAUGAGGCACAUGGCAACUCAUCUCAGAUACCUGCUGGAGCAGAGAGACACACAUCUGGAGACUAUAACGGAGCUCAUGCAGGAAAAAGAAGGCGCUGUUAGCUUUCUCAGUAGUCCCUCCAACCCGCAGUCCGCCAGCUUCUCUCCCAGCACGCAGCAGCAGCCGGGGGCAGCGGGAACCCAGCAACACCUGGUGGUGGAACUAGCCGACUCCAAGGCAAAGAUCAGACGACUCAGACAAGAACUAGAGGAGAAGAGUGAACAGGUGCUCGACUGCAGACAUGAGCUGGAGAACGUGGAGGCAGAGCUGAAGAGGAUCCAGCAGGAGAACUCCCAGCUGCUUGUGGAUGCACGCGCUGCUCGGACCUACCGUGACGAGCUGGAUGCCCUUAGAGAGAGAGCCAUCAAGGCGGACAAGCUGGAGAGUGAAGUUGGACGUUACAGGGAGCAGCUGCAUAAGAUGGAGUUCUACAAGGCCAAAGUGGAGGAUCUAAAGGAAGAUAACAGGGUACUCCAAGAAACCAAAGAAGUACUGGAAGAUCAGCUGGAAGGUUGGAGGACGCGCACCGAUAAGAUCCACCAGCUAGAAAAGCAGAAUCUACUGUUGAAUGCCCAGGUCCAUGACAUGGAGCAGGAGAAGGAGGCAGAUCGGAUGCGCAUCAAGGAAUUGCAGGAAGAGAACCUGGCUUUGUGUGUGGCACAAAGAAGGAGCAUGGAGGAAUCGCAGCUCCUAGGCUGGGAGCUGGAGCAACUCUCCAAAACUUCAGAAAACUCCCAAGGGCAGCAGACUCUGAGUGAGGAGGUCAGUGAGAAGACACGUAGUCAUAUGCUGAAGCUGGAAAAGGAGAACCAAAGUCUCCUGAAGACCGUAGAGGAGCUCAGAGCUUCUGUUCACAACAACUGUGCAAACGUUAAACACCACAUGGUAUGUAGCAACCACAACUUUACUUCAACAGAAGAAUCCUCAGUGUUACAAACCUCCAGCUCAGUUCUAGAAAAACACUCUGAUGCACCCUCCUUCGGCACACUAACACAGCAAAUCCUGAAUGGAGAUUCGAACUACCAUCAGAAACUCCAUACAGAAGAGCUGGAGGGAGUCCAUAGUGAAAUCUUUCUUACAGAUAAUGUAGACCUUCGUGUGAAGGAGAAAGGACAACUCGAGGAUCGAGCCAGUGGAGAACAUUUCAAAGAAAUAAUUUCGGAUCUGAAAGACUUAGAAAAUAAUCACAAUAGGCUCCAUUGUGUUGUUGGAUUGCGUGAUCACUCUCCUGGCUCAAAGAGAAACGGUCCUUGCCAUGAGAGCAUCCUCUCAGGUCUGCCAGCACAUUCCUCCUAUGCCAGCAAGCACACACAGCGACUGGAGGCCAAGUGCAGGGCUCUGGACACAGCCAAUCAGCAGCUACAGGCUUCCCUUGACAACACUGACCGAAAAGUUCAGCGUUUAGAAGCAGAAGUUCAGGAGUUGGAGGCAGAGAACCAGACUCUGCAGGCCUCUUUAGAGGAACUUAGAAUGACUGCAAGACGCCUGGAGCAACUAGAAACAGAGAAGCGGGACCUGGAGCAGGAAGCUACCGUUCUGGAGAGAGACAAGAGGCAACUUGAGAAAGAAAACCGACGCCUCCGGCAGCAGGCUGAGAUUCAGGAGGCCAACUUAGACAGUAGUCAUGUCUGUAUGGCUAGCUUGGAAAAAGAGAUGCGUUAUCUAGUGAAGGAGGUGGAGGGGUUAAGGGAAACUGCUGAGAGGGUCAAAAACCUGGAGAGAGAUAACAGAGAACUGACCAAGCAAGCUGCUAUCGACCAGAAGACCCUUGCAACCCUCAGGGAGGAGCUGGUGAGUGAGAAGCUGAAGACCCAGCAGAGAGACAAUGAGCUGGAGAGGCUGACCCAUGAGUUGGAGAUGAAAGUAUUGAACCAGGAGAGCACACAGCAGGCUGAGCAAGAAAUCCCAGAUUACAGCAGGUUUAAGAUGCUGGAAUCAGAGUUGGAGUCAUCUCUUAAAAAGUCUUUAGAAAUCAAAGCAGACAAGAUGGCCGCUCUGGAGGCUCGUCUGCAGGAAUCAUCCUCCCUGAACGAGCAGCUGCGCCAGGAGCUUAAGACUGUGAAGCUGAGCUAUGAGGCCUUGAAACAGAGGCACGAGGAGUGGACAACGUCAAGCUCCAGCCCUCCGUCAGAGACUGGGAAGGCCAUGACUGAAUGGUUGCGUGAAAGCCAGGAGGCUACAAAGGAACUGCUGAGGCUGAAAGACCAUCUCAUUGAAGUCGAGAGAAACAAUGCGACACUGGAGGCUGAACGGCAAGCUAUGCAGGCCCAACUAAGACAGCUUGAUAGUCAGUCUGACAGCCAGCAGGCUCAAAUCCUCGCCUUGCAGAGGCAGGCAGCCUCACUGCAAGAGAACAACACAGCCCUGCAGACACACAAUGCUGGCCUGCAGGUGGAAAAGUCUACACUGAAUUCACAGAGCGUCUCCCUCAUGGCCCAGAAUGCCCAGCUGCAGCAGCAGCAGUCUGGGAUGGAAAAUGAGCGUGAUUGCGUCAUACGUGAACGUGAAGAGCUGCGUGGUGCACAUGAGCAGCUGUUACGAGACCAUGAGCGGCUGGCAGUUCUGCAUGAGCGGCAAGCCAUGGAAUAUGAAACUCUGAUGGGCAAACAUGCUUGUGUGAAAAAUGUCCACCGUACACUGGAACUGGAGCAUCGCACCCUGCAGGACAGGUACAACAACUUGCUACAGCAGCAAACCAAGUUAGAGGACCAAGAAAAAGUCCUAAAAGAGGAGAAAAUGAGGAUUACUCUGGAGAAAGAGCAGCACCAAGCAACAGCUGCUGAAUGUUGCAAGCUCCGUGAUGAGAAGGACUGGCUCAACCGGAUAUACCGUCAGCUUCUUAAUGACAAUGAGGCGCUGACAGCUGAUCACAAACAGCUCAAGAGCCAGCUGAACGAGGCCAAACUGGAGCACACCUGGCUGGAGGCAGACUUCUCCAAACUCAAAAAGGAGUUCCAGCAGUUGGACAUCACCUCCACAAAACUCACCAACCAGUGUGAGUUGCUGAGCCAGCUAAAAGGAAACCUUGAGGAAGAAAAUCGUCACCUGAUCAGCCAGAUUGAGACUUUAAUGCUACAGAACCGCAGUUUGUUGGAGCAGAAUAUGGAGAGCAAGGAUUUGUUUCAUGUUGAAGAGCGACAGUAUAUUGAUAAACUUAAUGAUUUGAGAAGGCAGAAGGAGAAGCUGGAGGAAAAGAUAAUGGACCAGUAUAGGUUUUAUGAGCCCACACCUCCUCGCAAACGUGGUAGCUGGAUAACUCUGAAGCUAAAGAAGCUGAUAAAGUCUGGCAGCCGUGAAAAUGGGCCUGAGCCUGCACACUUGGGUGUUUCUGAGGUUCAACUCUCCUCUCAUGACAACAGCUCCUUCAUCAGCUCAGAUGGCUCUGGAGGCUCAGCCUCCACUUCAGCAGGUGAUCCCGCCUCACACCAACGUAACAGCACCUCUCUGAAAAAGUUUCCCCGUUUGAGGAACAGGCUAAAGGACAGAGCCAAAGUCAAGUCCCUCUUCCGUCGGUCCAUGUCCUUAAGCAGCUUAGCCUCCCCCUCAGCCCAGUUUGAGGCAGCACUGUGGGCUGACAGCUCAGAGCUGCUGGAGGGGUCACAGGCUGAUGUGGAAAAUGGCCAGAAGGACCCACUGACCUCAUCCCAUACCACCUCCAACUUGUCCACCCUCCAUCUUCACCAUCACACCACUGGUGACGCUGUCCCAGAUGUUUCUGGGCUGUGGGUAACAGACAAAGAUCCAAAUGACAGCACCAUGCCAUCUGGAUGUGAGGACAACGAUGAGCUGCCGAAUCAUGGGCUGAAUGGAGUCCAGAGUCGAGCCCAAAGUGAGAGCAGUUGUGAGUUUAGUCUAAGCCUGGAAAAUGAGCCAUGGUCAAAUGGUAGCAGUCCUGUUCAGCGGCCCACAUCACGCCACUCCUCCACCUCCUACCAACCACCCAGUGAUGCUUCAACACCCCAGCAUGAAAAGCUGCACCAGCAAAGGGAGAAAGCCUUUACCAUGCCCACUCUUGACAGUCAGAAUGCAGAUACUAGAUCUGUACAAAAACAGAAAGACCCUGUGCUGUCACAGGACUUCUGGCUCACAAGAGGUACAAAAACCAUCCGAAGGGGGUCGAGAAACAAGGUCGCACGUCGCUCAUCAGAUUUAGGAGGCACAAGCAAAAAUAACUCAGAGCUCAAUGGAAUGACUUCCAAAGCUGAAGCUACUCGAGCAUCUGUUUGUUCGCCAAUUACAGUGCUAUACGUUCAGGGCAAGUCAUCCUCAAUGUCUGGCUGCCUCAACUGCUUCUCUACACCUCUGGUGAAAGAGGGACGACUAAAAGGGACCAAGUCCCCUAAAAGUCUCCCCCAUGCCAGCAGUGUUAUUUCUACAGCAGAGGGUUCUUCUCGACGUUCAAGUGUCAGUAGCGACUGUAAGAGGAUAGUCACAACUGAGCAUGUGCAGAUUAUAGAAGAGAACCAUAAUCCAGAAGAAAUAUCAUGUCAGAGUCAAGAGACAAAACCAGCUGCUAAAAACAGCAAGCCUGAUCCCAUUCCUCCUGUUAAACCUCCAAGAGAUCCGGCUGCUGUUGUUGUAGCAGAACACCACAAAUCUCCUGUGCAGGAGUCUUUUCUUGGCUCCUCGUUCACUUUUAACUCUGUCUUUUCAAACACAAUCUUCAGUGAUUCUGUGGUUACAACGAGAACUAGUCUGGAUGUGCUUGAUGUGGACCAGACCUUUCUAUGCCCUAAUCCUUCUCUGGUGCAAAACUGUCCAUUUGAGAGCCAGGGAUUGGCUGAAAACACACCCCAAACGGUGCUCAGCUCUGAAACGGAGCCGGGUCAAAACACAGAGCAUGUAGCUGGGCUGGAAGGGAAGAGCCAGCUGCUCAUAAUUGCAUGAAAGCAGCUGUUAUAUCUAUGUAUUAAGUUAUUCAAACAAAGCAGGUGUUUGCAAUGCCAUUUUUCCACACAUUAACACGAGACAACAUUUAUCAUUUUAAUUUAAGGCAUUUUUACUGUUCUCAUUUAAAUGAGUGCACAGUUAUUUAAAAUGUGUCGUCAAUACACACACAAACACACACACAUAUAAGCAGUAGAUCCAGAGUAUUAUGUUUCCGUCUUGGUCCUUAUUUUAUACAAAUUAGACCUAGACUUAUUUUUUUCUCCAUCAUCAAUUUAAUUGGUGUUUGUCAGACAAGUCUGUUUACUUAUAUUUUGCCUCUCUGACAAUCCUUUAAGAACCUCGGCCAAACCAUUUUGUUCAGUGAAGGUGUUUUGAAGUCAUGUUCCUUUUUUUUUACUAAUACAUAACCUUUAACCUAUUAUCAAACUGAUUAUUAAAU